CUAUCUAUAUAUCUAUCUAUCUAUCUAUCUAUCUAUCUAUCUAUCUAUCUAUCUAUCUAUCUAUCUAUCUAUCUAUCUAUCUAUCUAAGUGUUUACGGAAGUGUCUUUAAGAUUGACAGUGACAACAGCCAAUUAAAAGCUUUGCUAAAACCUAUACCACGCCCCAUUCAUGCCACAUCGCGGAAGUAGAGUAACGAGUAACUGUCUGGGUGUUGUUUUGGAACAAUGUUCAGUUUGUUGGCGCGGCAAAAGAACAUUCUGGUCAGUGUGGGUUUCUGCCGAAUAAACCAGUCGAUGAUGACCUCUCCGGGUAAUAUUAAAACAGACGACAGCGGGUCUAUUCACUCAAGUGGUCGCCAGGAAGUUCAAGACGUUCCGAUUGACGUCAUAAUCAGACCAUUUCCACUGGUUCUGGACGAAGAGAAAGUCCAGAGUCUCAUCAACACAUUAAAGGCAGGAGCAGACAUCCACGUUGUUCCUCCCAUCGAUGUGCUCUGGAUCAAAGGAAAAGAAGGUGGAAAUUACUUCUACUCUUUUGGCGGCUGUCACCGCUUUGCUGCCUACCAGAGAAUGAAAAUGCAUUCUAUCCCUGCCAAAAUCAUCAAAUCAACCAUCUCAGACCUCAGUACUUACCUGGGUGCUUCAACACCUGAUCUGCGGUGACAAUGGCACUUAAAAGAAAUUAUAGGCAGGAUACUGCAUGUUUUUAUUUCUCAUUGUCCCUUUUGGAAUUAUUACUUCAGACAGUGAGUCUAUAGCAGAUGAUUUUCCAGCAGGGGGCAGUAAAACUCUGCUGUCAAAUUCUUCCAUUUUUUUUAAAGAUUUACUGUAUAUUGUCAACUAUUUGAGUGAUCCUUGUUAAACAUUUUGACAUAUUAGUAAAAUGCAAGUGAUAAAUCAGCAAUCAUUUUUAAUUCUGUGUUUUCAGAUAGUAUAGUGAUCUACAUCAGGACUUUAUAGUAUUUUACAUUAUUAUGUGUGUCACAGCUCUCACCUAAAAUAGGGAGAAAGAUCUAUCCAUAGAAGAUAAGAGUAAAAUACUACAUUGGUUUUAAUGCAAAAGUGUAGUAUUGCAAUUAGAAUAUAUUAUCAAUAACAUA